CAGAGCCUUGCCUUGAAACCACAGAGGGCAGGUACUGGGUGGAAAACUCCAGCGCGUGAUUCACCCUCCUCCCCUGCCCUCGUCAGCCAGGCCAACUCCCCUCCUGAGAUCUCAGAUCUCCGUUUCCAGCCUGGGGGUUGCUGGUGCCCAUCCUGUCCACCCACAUCUCCUCUUCCCUCCGGAGGACGAGGAGCCGGCACCAGAGGGGGCAGGGAGACUUGAAGCCCAGAGAGGAGGUGUGAUUUGCCUAAGGUCACACAGCAACAUGGAAGCUCAGCGCCGCACUCCCUGUGCAGGCUGUGCCCCCCUUGGCGUCCUGCGGCCUCCCAGUCCAGCCACGGCUAUGCACAGAAAAGCGGCGGUCCACGAGGAUGGGUCUCCCGUGGUCUCCUGGGUCCCCGAGGAGGGGGAGAAGGACCAGGAAGGCGGGGACCACAUCAAGCAUCGGGGCCAGUGGACCAACAAGAUGGAGUUUGUGCUGUCGGUGGCCGGCGAGAUCAUCGGGCUGGGCAACGUCUGGAGGUUCCCCUACCUCUGCUACAAAAACGGGGGCGGGGCCUUCUUCAUCCCCUACUUCAUCUUCUUCUUCGCCUGCGGCAUCCCAGUGUUCUUCCUGGAGGUGGCGCUGGGCCAGUACACCAGCCAGGGGAGCGUCACAGCCUGGCGGAAGAUCUGCCCCCUCCUCCAGGGCAUCGGUCUGGCGUCCGUGGUCAUUGAGGCCUAUCUGAACAUCUACUACAUCGUCAUCCUCGCCUGGGCUCUCUUCUACCUGUUCAGCUCCUUCACCUCGGAGCUGCCCUGGACGGCCUGCACCCACUCCUGGAACACGGAGCAGUGCAGGGACUUUGUGAACCACUCAGCUGCCAGCACAGCGACCCCUUCUGAGAACUUCACCUCGCCCGUCAUAGAGUUCUGGGAGAGACGUGUUCUGGGCAUCACCGCUGGCCUCCAUGACCUGGGGGCCCUGCGCUGGGAGCUGGCCCUGUGCCUCCUGCUCGCCUGGGUGGUCUGCUACUUCUGCAUCUGGAAGGGGGUCAAGAUCACAGGCAAGGUUGUUUACUUCACGGCCACGUUCCCCUACCUGAUGCUGGUCAUCCUCUUGGUCCGCGGCGUCACGCUGCCCGGGGCCUCCGCAGGCAUCAUCUACUACCUGAAGCCGGAUCUGCUUCGCCUCAAGGACCCCCAGGUGUGGAUGGAUGCGGGCACCCAGAUCUUCUUCUCCUUCGCCAUCUGCCAGGGGUGCCUGACGGCCCUGGGCAGCUACAACAAGUACCACAACAACUGCUACCGGGACUGCGUCGCCCUCUGCUUCCUCAACAGCGCCACCAGCUUGGGGGCUGGCUUUGUGGUCUUCUCCAUCCUGGGCUUCAUGUCGCAGGAGCAGGGGGUGCCCAUCUCCGAGGUGGCUGAGUCAGGCCCCGGGCUGGCCUUCAUCGCCUUCCCCAAGGCCGUGACCAUGAUGCCCCUGUCGCAGCUGUGGUCCUGCCUCUUCUUCCUCAUGCUCAUCUUCCUCGGGCUGGACAGCCAGUUUGUCUGUAUGGAGUGCCUGGUGACAGCCUCCAUGGACAUGUUCCCCAGGCAGCUCCGGAAGAGCGGGCAGCGGGAGCUCCUGAUCCUCGGCAUCGCGGUCGUGUGCUACCUGAUCGGGCUCUUCCUGGUCACCGAGGGCGGGAUGUACGUCUUCCAGCUGUUCGAUUAUUAUGCCUGCAGCGGCACGUGCCUGCUCUUCCUUUCCGUGUUUGAAGUGAUCUGCAUCAGCUGGGUGUACGGGGCCGAGCGUUUCUAUGACAACGUUGAGGACAUGAUUGGCUACCGGCCAUGGCCCCUGGUGAAGAUCUCCUGGCUCUUCCUGACCCCCGGACUUUGCCUGGCCACGUUCCUCUUCUCCUUGAGCAAGUACAGCCCUCUCAAGUACAACAACGUCUACGUGUACCCGCCCUGGGGGUACUCCAUCGGCUGGCUGCUGGCGCUCUCCUCCAUGGGCUGCGUCCCUCUCUUCAUCCUCAUCACCCUCCUGAAGACCCAGGGUUCCUUCGGGAAGCGCCUGCGGCAGCUCAUCACCCCCGACCCCAGCCUGCCACAGCCCACACGGCACCUGCAUCUGGACAGCGGCCCCGGCCGGUACUGCGAGCCCUCUGCGGCCAAGGAGGGACUCGUGGCUGGGGAGAAGGAGACGCACUUGUAGGAUGUGGCGGGAAGCCGGGUGGCUGCUGAGCCAGGAGCCUGGGUCAGGGCCCCCUCAGCCCCCAGCGGACAGCCUUCGCCUCUGCCCCUCCCACAGCCCCGCUGAGAAGCUCUGUGGUAUCCACGGGCCACCCUCCUGGUGGCCCAGAGCCGGUGCCACCGGCCUGCCGUGCUGUUGGAACACACUGUCUUGUCUGCAAAGGAGGUGGCCUUCCUGGACUCCACCAUCUGACCGUAUAUAAAACGCACUGCAGUGUGUCACAGAGGGAAGCCCCCGUGGGGAGGCCUCCUCUUAGAACGCACGUCUUUGCGCUGGGAGGGUGCCAGUGGGCUGCACACCGCAACCUGACUCAGGGAACCCGAUGGGACACACCAUGUUGGACGUGACAAGCUGAGCACCCACACUGGGCUCUGCAUUCUGUUGGAGGGGGUCCUUCGCUGGCUUAGCGUCCUGGAGCCCACGGGAAGGAACCAGAGAAACCGCCAGGAGGCAACCUUCGCACGCCGCAGAUGUCUUGGGUUUCCCUGGAGGCCAUCUCUCAAGGUGUCCCUCAGCUCUCAGAGCACUGGGGCCGGAGGGGCUCGGGAUGGUCCCUGGACUUGGCAGAUACGGCAUGUGUGUCUCUAUGGACCUGUGCCCGAGACAGACACUGCUAGGCCAUCACAGGUCCUUCCCCGCUCACACCCUUCCAAAGGCAGUGCUCCCCGCAGUCCCACUUGCCACCCUGCUUUUGCCCAUACCCUGACUUCAUGGGUGGGGAAACUGAGGACCAGAGACAAAGUGGCUUCUCAAGGUCGCACAGCACCUGGGGCCAGACUCGACUAAACCCGGUCUCUGUUCUCAGGCCGGCGUCCCUCCCCCUGCACCUCCUGCCUGGUUAACAAGUAUGCAUGGUUGCCUGCCA